UUGCUCUGCCAUUGGGGUUGGUGCCUUUAUAUAGGCCUUGCUUAAGUAUCGCCCCCCGAGAUCAACUUGGCAAGUUGUUGCUUGAGUGGUUCCGGGUGUCACCUAGUUGUUCUGAGGUGCCAUGUGUCACAAUGUCAUUGAAGGGAAAAAUCCGUCCUCAUCACCUGUGGAGUAAGAAACAUCAAUUUGACAUUUCUACAAACAUCCUCCUACACAUGCAUUUUUAAGGCAUGCCGAUUUGAAUUUGAACUAUAAACAGCCUAAAAUAGCAGUUGUAUGCCAAUUUUUAUUGAUCAACCAGAGAAUUUCAGGUAGAAACAGCAAUGGUACCAAACACAACCUUAGGCCUCCUAAAUAUGCACAUUGCUGGUCCCUGAUAUUGAAAGAGUGGAACAGGGUGAAGGGCUAAAGAACAAAAUAUAAUGUCAUCAUCAUCACCAUCCAUGCCUUAUCCCAACAAAAAAGGAAAAGCAGAACAGCAGGACAUAAGACUUCGGGAAUGUUCAUUAGGUCCAUGGAGAUGACGGUCCAUCAAGUCUAAAUGCUUAUGGUUGGUUUUCUUUUGGGCUCUGAAACUUCUUUUCAAGAAGUGAAGAAUGCAAAAGGCUAAGGUGCCUUUAGAAGGAAAUAACUUUAACCAGAAGACAUGUAGGCUGUCAUAUGUGGCAAGCCAACUGUAUCUUUCCCAACUAUAAAAGUCAGAAAAGACCACUUCUUUCUUCCUUUAUAGAGACUUUCACCAAACCAAUGGACAUGGCAGGUGGGUGGCCAGUCUGCAGCCGGAGUUAGUCUGGCUAUUUCCAUUACAAUUUGAGAUUUGUAGAUCAUAAUCAACAGCGCAAAUUGAAUCUCUGUUUUCCAGUGAAACGAAUCAAAAAGAUUGUUACCAUAAGCUCUAUAAACAAGUAAAAGUAACUGGAUUGUGUAAAUGCCAUUGCAAAAGAUCAAAUGGGACCUUUUGAUUGUGGACAGUUUUGUAGAGGAGCUUCUGCAAUUGGGUCACAAUUAUAAUCAAGUCAAUCCUCUGUGUUACACCUGUAUGAUCAUUUAACUUGUGAACUCUUGGAAUGAGACUGUUACUUUGUUUUCAUUUAUUUUCUCAGUGGAGUUGUUCUCAAAAGCAGAAGUGUUGCUGUCUGAUCCACUUCACAUGGACUCAGUUAUGGAACUGCAGAUCUCUGCAUGCUUUCACAUGACAAAAAGACUUUCGUUCACAAAAUGCUUGAUGCAAAACUUGGUCAUCUCAAUUUAAAUGGCCAUCCGUUAAAUCCGCAUGUGGCUUGUGUACUGAUGUAAACAUGAAUAACGAAAUGCAUCAUGGAUACAUAAAAUCAUAGUUGGAUGCACAUGAAAAGAGGGCAACAUCAGUUGGUAUUUUAUUAAAAUAUUCAACUACUCAUUAAUGCCAGACUACUUCAGUGAUUUGUUUUAAUUGCAGAAAAGAACUUACGCAACAAAACAAAUAAAAAGAUUGCAAUUAACCAAAACUAUAGAUCAACGUACAAAACCACAAUCCUCACACCGAGUUUUCAGAAAAUAGAAAGUGAAUAAAGAAAAUUAUUAAACAGAUUCAUAUAAAGUGAAUAAACCCCAAUCCUUACCUUGGACCAUAAUUUCUCAUACAAAAGACAGAGAAAGAAACAAAACAAACACCAACCAAUAUAUCACCUAAGACCCAGAUUGGUCUGUUUUCAAACAAAACGCAGACAUCCAUCGCCACUCCACCUGCCGCCUAUAUAGCAGUUAGAAAGCAGAAACUGCAACCCACCGCCAUGGAAGAGAAAGAGAAGAAGAAACAGAAACAUAAAAACUCUAAUAAAUCCUCAUCAGAUCCUACUUUCAAGCCGAGCUCCGACGUCAAAGGACUCCGUUUUGGCGGCCAGUUCAUCGUAAAAUCCUUCACCGUUCGACGAGCCUCACCUCUGGAGUUCCUACGCCUCCUUGCUCUGCCACCCCCUAACGCCCACCACUACCAGCAUCACCACCACAAUCAACACAGUAGCAGUCAGCCCUUUCCAUCGACCACAGCCUUCUUGCCUACCAACUUCACCAUCUUAGCACAUCAUGCGUGGCACACACUCACGCUCGGCCUCGGCACAAAGAAGUCUAAAGUAAUACUCUUCGUUUUUGAAUCCCAGAGCAUGAAAUCCAGCGUCGACCGUAUAUGGCCGCCUGAGAUUCCCCUUGGAGAAGUGAACCGGAAGCUUAUAAGGGGUCUUACCGGGUCCGAGAUGGCUCGUUUCAAGUUUAGGAAAGGAUGUAUCACCUUCUACGUGUAUGCAGUUCGGCAAGUGGGUAGUCCUGGGUUCUCGUGUGCGGAUGACCUGAGAACAAUUUUACAAUCUGUGGUUGCACUUAAAGAUUUCUUGGAUCACACUGCAAUGCUCGCAUUACCGAGCCAGAAAAGCAUCAGUUUCUCGCCUCCGGUUGCCAUGGCUCACUAAAAAAAAGAAGAUUCUUCUUUCAUUCUAUAUUUCUUUGUUUAAUUUUCCCUCCUUCUGUGUUCAAUUUUUUCCUGAGAAAAUUUGUUCCUCUUCUUUUCCCCUCAUGGUCAUGGGAAGCAGCGGAUUGAAGGAUUAUUUUUGUUUGUGUGUUCUUUAAUUUUCUUCAUUAUAUGUAAGAGAAAAAAACUGGGAUUUUCAUGUUGAAAUGAAUACAGUGAGUUGUUGAUAAACACCAUGUAUCAGUUCAGAUUUCUCUCAUCUCCAGUCGACUCGACUAGUCCAGUCUCCUUUCCUCCU